AUGACUAACGUUUCAGCUGCCCUUCGUCUGUUUCGCCGCAUAGUACAGCUGAAAGACGAGGUGUACAAUUCGUACAUUAUUGGGGAACAGCAUUUUGGGCCGAUCAUUCAGCGCUUCCGCGAAAAUGGCAAUAAAUACAACCUGUUGAAUAGCGCUUUUCUGGAACUUUUCGAGUUCAUCCGAGUUGAUGACAUCAAAUCGUUGUGCGCACACAUCGUUGAGAAGUACAUUGACGAGUUCAAAGACGUCGAUUACGUAAAGACCUUCCAGUCGCUGGCACUCAGGUACGAGCAGCAGAAGGACCGCUUGAGCAGCGCUAAUUCGUCAUCCGGUCAUAUGAUGUCUGGUCAGGAGAAAGAUCAGCGCGAAGCCGAUGAACUCGAAGAACAGUGGUUCAACAACGAUGAUGAGGAAAGCUGGGACAGCGACCUACCAUCCGGUUCCGUCAGUGUCACGAACGUUCCCUUUGAUGACUCACUGCCGUUUGCACCCAAUUCCGAUUCGGUCGUCGUGGGCAAGGGCGUCAGUGGGAUCGAUAGCAAUAGAGAAUUAUUUUCUGCCAGCGGCAGUGGCGACAACGGUGCUAUUUCAAAUCGGCCUCUGUCUCCUUCAGCGAAUAAAUCGCCCACGACCGCCAGCGAUUGGGAACCAGAAUUUCCUUCGCUACUCAGAAAGCAUGAAGGUGCAGGCGUGAUCCUAAGCGUUUUUCUGACUGAGGCUUUAGUGGAUUACGAUUUUGACGACUCUGAUGAGGAAGACGAGAUCGGUCUGAACGAAUCAACGGAAAAGGUUUCACUCGACAGUCAGGAGCAGCCGCAACCCCUGCCGCCUGAAGUAUCUUUGGAAAGUCCUCGAAAGCGACUUUGCUUGGAGGGAAACACUUCAUAG